AUGUCCGAUUACUUCAGUCUGGGACAGCGCAAUGACAGUGGUGGUAAUUCGCCUGGUCUUGUUGCCAAUGACCAUGGAGAUGCGGCAUCGACCAAGUCUGGUGAUUCCUAUCUCUUGAAUAUAUCACCUAGCGAUCAUACGUUAGUUGAUUCUCACCCUGCACAUUCUUAUCAGUAUCAGCAACAGUACCAGCAACAGAUCCCGCAGUACCCGCAACAGCAGCAUGGACAGUCGCAGCCAAUGGGUCAAUAUCAGCAUCAUCACCAAAAGGCUCCCAGUACUAUCAGCGGUAUUAGUGCUAUGGAUGACCUCUCCCAGAGUGCUGCUAUUAGAGACUCUGUGUUGCCUAAGACAGAUCCGAAAUCACCUUACUUUGUCAAUGUUCCUAUUCCUGUGAGCGGUUCACAGGAAGCUGCUUUUGCGACAAGCGCUGCAACGGGAGCGGCUACAGGCCCUGGAACACCUAGCGAAGAGGAUGAUCAGUUUGUCAGGGAGUACCCUACCGAUAUUUUGAUGGAUAGAUUUUAUAAAUGGAGAAAAAUCUUGAAAGGGUUGAUCAUCUACUUGAGAGAAGUUGCUUAUUCACAGGAACAGUUUGCUAGAAUUAAUUUUCAGCUGAAAGGCUCGGUAAAGUUUCCCUUCUUAACCGAUAUUGAAGAUAGUACAAAUAAACUAUUUGAUCCCUUAUCAGCUAAAGGUCCUGCGAAAAAACAACAACCGGUUACAUUAGCUCAGAAGAAACAGCAGCAGCAACAACAACAGCAACAACAAUUGCCUAACGAGGUUGAAAACAGGCCCGGAUUUAAUGAAAGUGGUUUGAACGUAUCGGAAUAUACUUUUCAGGCAGUCAAAACGGCCGAAUCGGAUGAGUCUUCUGCUGCAUCAGGUUUUAUGAAAUUUGGCUCUGGGUCAGUUCAAGAUAUCCAAGUGAUUUUGAAAAAGUAUCAUCUUUCGCUGGCUAAUCAACAAUUAAAAGUAUCAAAGGAAAUUACAGGUACAAUGAUACCAAAAAUGGAGGACCUACGUAAAGAUUUGCAAUUGAAGAUUAAAGAGAUCAAGGAGUUGCAUGGUGACUUCAAGACGAAUAUAAAUGAACACGUUGCAAUAACGGGUCAAUUUCUGACCAAGUACAUCGCAUCCGUCAGAUAUAUGAAUACCGCCACAUUUGAUGGCUCGGAGAGCAUCAAACUUAAUAAGAAGGGGAAUCAGCUAAAACCAAAACAUGAUCCAUAUCUUUUAAAAUUACAGUUAGAUUUGCAAUUGAAACGUCAGCUAUUGGAAGAGAAUUAUUUGCAGGAAGCAUUCAUUAAUUUACAAACAUCUGGUAUGGAAUUGGAAAAGAUCGUUUAUGCGAGAAUUCAGCACACAUUGCAGAAAUAUUGUUUAUUGAUUGAUUCCGAGGCUCGAUUAAUGAUAAAAAAUUUGUGCCGGGAACUACAACAAGGUAUGCUAUCGAGACCGCCAGCUUUGGAAUGGGAUCAUUUUGUUUCGCAUCAUCCAGCUUGUUUAAUAAACUGGAAGUCAACAGAUCCAAUUCCGGUUCCUCGAAAGCUCUCUGAUAUCAUUUACCCACAGAUGAAAUCGUCUUUGGCUAAAUGUAUUCGAGCCGGUUAUUUGUCAAAGAAAUCCAAGUAUUUGAAAAACUAUAACAAAGGUUACUUCGUUCUAACUUCUAAUUAUCUGCAUGAAUUUAAAAGCAGUAAUUUCUUCAAAGCGUCCGUUAACAGCCCAGGUGAAGCCAAGGAUCAUCAAAACGUGCCAAUCGCAUCUCAAAACACAGCAAAAACAUCUUUGGUUCCCAUAAUGAGCAUUUCACUUAAUGAUUGCAUCCUCACAGAAGCAUCAGACAGUAAAUUUGUGAUUGUUGGGAAGCCAACCUUUAAUGACUUGGAUCUGAGUAAGAUUGGCACUUCUGCGAAGACAAACUUAUCGUCCAUGUCAAGCACAAAUCAUGUUCAUACUUUACAGGAGGCACCAAAGAAGUUGACCAAAUCGACAAUAGGUAAAUUGCUGAAGGGUGGCAAAUCCAAAACUUCAUCUCAUAUCCCAAAAAAGGAGGACUCGGAAGAAGUGCAGGAAUUUUAUGCUGCGGCACAGAAGGAAGUCGACAAAACCGUGAACUGGGUUUUUAAACCGGCAAGCUCUAAUCCAACCCCAGAGGAUAUCAAACAGUUUAAAAAAUGGGCGCAUGAUUUAAAAAAUCUAACUACUUUUAAUGAUACCAAGGAAAGAUCCAGGUUCAUUGAAGAACGUAUUUUAAAGACCCAAUCUCGUGUCAGAGGUAACCUUUCCAAAACAAGUACUAGCAGUAUUAGUUUACCUGCUAUGAAUGACUUCUCUACACCGAAUACUAACGCAUCCUCUUUCAGAAAGGAGCGUCCUGGGAGACCCCAAUAUAUUCAACUCCAAAAUUCUUCCAGUUUGGAUUUUGCUCAUGGUUCUAGGGUCAAUACACCAGCAGUUGACGAUAACGGCAAUUUGAUUACUGUUGCUGAAAGAAGAUAUAUUCCAUCUACAUUAUCGAUGACUUCCCCAGGAAUAGCAUCACCUCAUUCAUUCAACUCCAAUUCUAACUCGGAGGGCUCUAGCUCGAGAAAUUCGCUACUAAAUGCUUCGCAACAGUUUCAACAACAGACGCCCUUGUCCAAUAAUUCAACAAAUGAACCAGUCUCUGGAAUAGUCGGUCAUGACAUGAUCCCGAACACGGCUCCUGUGGUAAGUGGCACGCCAGUUAACAAUUUGCGUCACAAAAGAAACGUAUCUCAAACUCAUUCAUUGGGUGGGAUGUCAGCACCACCAGCUCCAUUGUCUAAUAUCAGUUCACCAAAGAGCGUGCAUUCCGAGGGAAGCAUGGGUGGAUAUUUUUCGAUACCCGUAAAACCUCACAGUGCUUCGCAAGGAUCUACUCCCUUAUAUACUGAUGAUUCCCAGGGGCAACAGAACUCAAUUUCUACAAACCCUAGCAGAACCUCAAAUCUGGGAAUGAGAUCUGCUUCUGGCGGAUAUUCACCACAACAGUUGGGAAUAAUGAAUCAAGUUUCAUCUUCCGUGCCGAGAUUCAAAUUAAACGACCAGGAUGUUCACCAUCAUGAUAAUCAGCAGGGUGAUGUAAGCGCCCAGAAAUUCAAAAAAAAUGCUACCGCUGGAGCUUUACCUGCAGUCAAAGUCGAAGGAAAUUUGAACGGUGGCAAUUCUCUCUAUAUGAGAAGCAAUCACAGUGCAAACAGUCUCACAUCCAACCCUACAAGGAUGCAUCCUAUUAGAAAACAUAAAAAAAAUGUAUCAUUCAGCUCCCUUAACAGUUUGAUGUUUUCUAAGAAAGCUACUCCAGGUGGUACUCAUAUGACAGACCAAUUUAUGAGCGGCGGGAUUCAGGAAGAUGAUGAUGAUCACGACUCUCAGUCAAUCAAAUUAAAUCAGUCGAUUUACUCAUGA